UAAACGUCAAUUACAUAACCUUAAAGAAACCGGGUGCUGUCAAGCAUGAAUUUCAUGAAAUUACGCAAGUAUAAAACGAUAAUUUAGCACCUCACUUCGUUUCAAAAACUAAAACGAUAAACGUUUCUUUAACUUUAUUUACGUUUCGUUAGAAAAUCAUUUUACAUGGGUCUUUUAACUGAAGGAAGCCCUCUAAGUUGGGAAGAGACCAAAAGAUUAGCGGAGCAUGUAAGACAGCAUGGAGUGUUGCAAUUUAUUAACUUGUACAAACGUCUAAAAGAUCGCCAAUGGGAUGUGUUAAAAUGGGGCGACGAAGUAGAAUAUAUAAUUGUGAAGUUCAAUCAAGAAAAAAGAACAGCUAAGGUUAGUUUAAGAGCUCAAGAAUUAUUAGCAAAAUUAAAUGAGAAAGAACAUGCAGACCCAGAAAAGGCCAAGUCAUUGUGGAGACCUGAAUAUGGAGCUUACAUGGUAGAAGGUACACCAGGUAAACCUUACGGAGGGUUGUUGGCUCAUUUUAAUAUAGUGGAGUCUAACAUGAAGUACAGAAGAGAUGAAGUUAGUCAGCUUUUAAAGAACGGAGAAGUUAUAAUGUCCCUUACAAAUUUUCCCAGAUUAGGUUGUCCAGAUUUUACUGACCCACCAACACAACCAACUCCAAAUGAAGGAGUCACAAGAUCUUUGUUUUUUCCAGAUGAAGCUAUUUAUAAUGGACAUCCUCGCUUUAAAACAUUAUCAAGAAACAUUAGGAUGCGUAGAGGGGAAAAAGUUUCCAUCAAUUUACCAAUAUUUAAGGAUGUACAUACAAAAAUUCCUGUGGAUGAGUCUUACUUGCACAGUAAAGCAGCUGAACCUGAUAAGGUUUACAUGGAUGCUAUGGGAUUUGGUAUGGGUUGUUGCUGUCUCCAGUUGACUUUUCAAGCUUGCAAUUUAACAGAAGCACGUACUUUAUAUGACCAGUUAGCACCUCUUUGUCCUAUCAUGUUAGCUUUAAGUGCUGCGUCACCGAUUUAUCGGGGAUUCCUGACAGACGUGGAUUGUCGAUGGAAUGUUAUCUCAGCUUCUGUUGAUUGUAGAACAGAGGAAGAGAGAGGGCUGGUCCCUCUCAAAAAUAACAAGUUUGUUAUUAAUAAGUCGAGAUACGAUUCAAUCGAUUCCUAUUUAUCUGAAGUUGGCGAAAAAUUCAAUGACGUGCCUUUAAUAUAUGAUGAACAGAUUUACAACAAGCUCAGAGAGAAUGACAUUGACCACCUGUUGUCGCAGCAUAUUGCGCACCUUUUCAUAAGGGACACCGUCUCCCUAUUUUCGGAAAAGGUACACCAAAACGACGAGGUGGACACUGACCAUUUUGAGAAUAUUCAAUCAACAAAUUGGCAAACCAUGAGGUUCAAACCGCCCCCACCGAACUCAACAAUCGGCUGGCGGGUUGAAUUUAGACCGUGUGAAGUACAAAUUACCGAUUUUGAAAAUGCGGCAAUAGUUUGUUUUGUUGUUUUACUUACACGCGUUAUCCUCUCCUAUCAGCUUAAUUUUCUCAUCCCAAUUAGCAAGGUAGAUGAAAACAUGCAACGUGCCCAAAAACGUAACGCCUGUCGGGAGGAGAAGUUUUGGUUUAGGAAAAAUAUAACGACCUGUGUGAGCCCCCCCGAGGCCAAUCAGUAUUGUAUGCAGGGUAAAACCAACAGUGACUGUGAUGUUUAUGAACCAAUGACAAUUAACGAAAUAAUUAAUGGAAAGGAGGGAGAGUUCCCUGGAUUGGUGCCCUUAAUAAAUAACUACCUCACCGGAAUGGACGUGGACGCUGACACCCACUGUACUAUCCAGCAGUAUCUUAAACUUAUUCAACAGAGGGCGUCUGGAAACGUACUUACCACAGCUUCCUGGAUUAGGAAGUUUGUCUUAUCUCAUCCUGAUUACAAAAACGACUCGAAAGUGACCGAUACAAUAAAUUACGAUCUUCUUAAUCAGUUGAAGCAAAUUCAAAGCGGUGAAGUUCCUUGUCAGGAAUUACUGGGAUAUUCGACAGUGUCUAAAACAAAGGAAACCAUUCCGUCUGUUUUUUCAUGUCCAGAAUGAAAUGUAAUUAAUUGUAAUUAUUUUUUUUCCUUUAGUUCGAAUAUAAAAUGCAUUUAAACGAUCACAGAAGAAUAUUAGAUAAGGCUAGCAAAUUUAGUUUUACAAUUAGUGAGCUACUUUAGUUGAAAUUUUGGAUACUUAAUUUAUCAAAUAAACCUUUUAUAGACCCCCUUUUAUACAUUAUUGUUAUCGUCGAACAUAGCAAGAGUAAUUUCAGAGAUAUGAAUAAUCACAACUUUUUUAAUUAAGUAAAUAUUAAGUUUUAUUUAAAUUGUGCUGGAAAGGACUGGGAUUAAUAAGAGUGUGAAUAUGGCGCCAUAACAGUAAGUUUAUGUUUUCUAAAUCAUUUUAUUAUUAAUUUUUGUUUUGUUUCUUAUAAAUAUUUCAAUAAUUCCUAACAUUUUUCCAAUUAUUGGAGUAAUCCUAAAUGUUGGAAAUUAUUGGAAUAAUUAUAAGGAAUAACAGAAAUAUUUUUUUAGAAAAAUUAUUAAACUCACUUAUGAGGGCCAUUUUCCCCUAGUCCAUCGGAAUACCUAAUUAUGGCCCAUCUUGUUUUUGCCAUUGCAAUAAUCAGUGAUAUUGCAAUAUUUAAAAUUCAGUGCCUAAUUGUUUAUGAAUUAUUGUUUUGUAUUGUAUGCAUUUACCUGCAAUGAUAAAGACACUGUUUUAUAUUGAUCAUUUUUAUUUUUUUUUUAAUCUUUACAAAAGUAUUUUGUUGAUAGGGACCUAAGUUUUAUAUACACAUGUAUAACAUACCUAUACGUAGUUAUAGCAAUUCCUUAUAUAAAUCUGAUAUAUUUAAAUGUUUUAUUGUUUUAUACUUGUUAAUUGUGGCAAAAUAGAAUCAUUUAAACUGGG